UUUUUAWUUUUAUGAGCGACUGAGAAACUUUAAAACAAAAUAAAUAAUAAUAACCAUUAACCAGCCAACCAGGAACAACAACAUUUUAACAGUUCAUAACUUUAACAGUUGAAUACCACAACAUCCAAUUAUUUACCAUGUUUUAAUUUUUUUUAUGACAACGCCGUCAUCAUUCCUACAGAUGUUUAUCCGGGCGAUAUUUUGGCUGUUUUGUUUCAAUAUUUGCACAGGCAGCCUAUUUUAUUUUAGUUGAACCCAUUAUAUCAAACCUUGCGUAACACGUCGACUCUUUACAGACUCAGAUUUUCAAUUACUCAUCUACAGAACGUCCAGCUUACGUACAAUAAACGCGAAAAAAAUGUUUCAAAUGUCUAUAGUCAAAUUAUUUUUGGUGAUUCUUGUAGCUGCAUCGCUGUGUGCCUUUUGGUAUCUGGACAUAGUGUUUUUUCACUGGGACCGAGUAUUACCCCAACCCGAAGAAAUGGUUGUUGAUACAGUGACAGAAUUUCCAAAAAAUGUUACGACUUUCAAUGAGCCUAAAGAAUUUGUACCUACAAACGAAUGGCAAAUAAUCAAUGAAGAUCAACCUAUUCCUCCUGGACUUCAUGUACAAAUUGAUCUUCAGACCGGUGUGAAAAAAGCUAAAUUAAUGGAGGACAAUAAAAAGAACAAUACAAAUAGUUUGGCCAUUUCAGACUCUAAUAAUCUAAAUAACAUUAAAGAUAUAAAGAAUCCAUCAGAUAAUUCACACARAUUUAGAUCAUAUGAAAAACUUAAAGAAGAUCUUAAAGAUUUAAACAUGACUAUCAAAAGUGAUAUGGAUGUCAUGGAUGAACUUUCUAAAAAAUUUCAGGAACAACUAAAAUUGUAUGAUGAAAGUGAUAAAAAUCUUCAGAAUAUUUUAAUUGAUCUUGAAUAUCUCUUACAUCAAGUUGACACAGCAGAAGUUUUUGUAAAAAAUAAAGGGAUACAAUUAAUUAUAAUUCCUUGUCUUAAUAGUAAUUCAAGUUUUAUGAAAGCACAGGGAGCACUGCUUCUUGGUUCUGCUGCUUCUAAUAAUCAAAAAGUUCAAAUUGCCUCUCUUAAAAAUAAUGUUAUACCACUUUUAUUAAAGUAUAUUGAUGAUGAAUAUUCCUUUUCUGUUCAAAAAAAUUGUAUCUUUGCUUUAUCAUCAAUUACUAGACGAUUUCCCUUAGCGCAAAAACAAAUAAUAGAUAAUAAUGGUAUUCAAACUUUUAUGUCUAUAUUUAAAAGGCCUACAACCGAAUUCAAUACUAAACUUAAGUUAAAAGUUACUCAACUUUUAGAAGACUUAACUAUAGAAAUUGAAGAUGCUAUACUAACAUUUAAAGAAGAAACUAAUAAGAAGUUAAGCACAGAGGCAGCCGAAAGAGUUCGUCAGUAUGAAGGUUUGCACUUGAAAGAUAUACUUGUAAAAAAUGGAUGGUGCAACAUUUUGGGAAAUGAGUUAAUUGUACUCUCUCACCAAAUACCACUUGAAGAAGAAAACCAUGAAAUGGUUGAAGCUGCUGGAAAAUCUUUGUUAGCAAUGCAAAAAUUAUGCAAAGUUAAAUUACAYGGGAAUAAGGAGCUAUAUCAAUCAUUUUUCACAUUAGAAACUUAUUAUAAAAAAUUACUACAAAAUGAUGUAUUUUUUGAUGAGUUAUAUCAGUUAACAACUGAGUUGACUAACACUUAUGACCCUGUGUUAGWAUAAUAUUAUUUUGUUUAGUAUAGCUUAUAUAUUUAUGAAAUUGUGUGUAACCAAAAAUCUAAUAUACUAA